CGGUACAACAUUCACAGGAGAAGAAGAUGGUGGUGCACAUCUGAUUUCCUCAAACUUUCAUAAAUUUUUAGACUUAUUUCUAGGCCAAUUGCAAUGCCAAAUAUUGCGAAUUAAAAUAUGUUAUCAGUAUUUUCAAAAUCAGUAAACUCAUCUGGCACCCAGUAGAUCUCGAGAUUUGUCUUUGGUAAAUACUUGGAUAAUAACCGAAAAAAGCUGACUGGAAAAAUGUGUCCCCUUUGGCCAUUUCACAUCUUCAUUCUCUACCUAGGAAUGCUGGGUCCACUCUUGUUUGCGUCAUUUGGCGUAAUCGGUGUCGCAGCAGAGUCCAUGUCCUCCUGGGGUGUCUCCUUUGAACCGGAACGUGUCAACCAGGUCAAAAUGGGGGCCAGUCAGGUUGUCGAUUUCAAAUUCAACAAGACUGAAGUAAUAGGACAAGCCAAGCUUCUAGGAUUUGAUCCCAUCGUGGAGUUUGAGUUUCACGCCAGUGAUCCCUAUAUCGCAUACGUAACUCCGGUGAAAAUACCGCUUGACCAUUCAGUACCCAUUGAAGACGGGAGUGGACUGGAUCGUGUGUCUUUCAAUGUCACUGGAAAUUUUCUCGGAUAUACGGAAAUCUGUGCGACCUCGCAGAUUUCAAAAAAUGCGUCUAAAGUAUUCCAAUGCAUGCCGGUCUCGGUUGUACGAGAGUCUAGAGUUCUCGAUAAGGCUUUCACUUACAGCGUGGCCGCGCUUGUGACAGUAAUUUACGUCAAUAUGGGAGCAGCGUUGGACAUGCGAACAAUGAAGGAGACAAUUCAAAAGCCAUAUGGACCUGCGAUUGGAUUCAUGUGUCAGUUUAUUGUAAUGCCCUUGCUAUCCUUUGGAAUUGCUAAACUUUUCAUCUCGGUAGCAGCUUUGCAACUUGGCUUGUUCAUAACGGGAUGUUCUCCUGGUGGGGGUGCAUCAAACAUAUGGACGUUGACAUUAGGUGGAAACUUGGACCUUUCCAUCACAAUGACAACUAUAUCUACAUUAUCUGCCUUUAUAAUGAUGCCCCUGUGGAUGCUUACUCUCGGAUCUACAAUUUUUAAAGAUGCGAAUUUGACCGUCCCUUACUCCAAAAUUGCCACAUUUGCCGGUUGCCUCGUGAUUCCUCUAGCUAUUGGGGUCGGCAUUCAGUUCAAGUGGCCGAAAGUGGCAAAAUUCCUUGUUCGGGUUUUAAAACCAUUCGCCCUGUUUCUCAUAGUAUUUAUUGUCGUUUUCGCAGUCUACACCAAUUUGUUCUUGUUGCAACUACUUACUUGGGAGAUUAUUCUCUGUGGAAUGCUACUUCCUUGGCUCGGAUACCUCGUAGGAGGAGGAUUGGCUGUCAUAUUACGUCGUGAAUGGGGGGAUGUGAUUGCAAUUGCAAUUGAGACAGGUGUACAGAACACGGGAUUAUCGAUUUUCGCCUUACGCUUUUCUCUUCCCCAACCUGAAGCAGAUCUCACAACUGUUCUUCCUGUUGCAGUUGCAAUAAUGACUCCUCUCGUCCCAACUGCUGUUUUGGUGAUGCAGAAACUUCACAACCGAAUUGUUCGAAAUGCUGGUUUUGCUCUCACUCUUGACAAAGAAGACUCUAUUUCUCCAUCUCUUACCCCAUCUGUUUAAAACAAAAACUACAAAAGUAUAUGCCAGCGAUCACAAAACCAAUUCUUGUCACAAAUAUAAAUUAUGUAGUACUUAUUGGUAUUAUUGAAUCUCAAAAGUGUCAAAUAACUCAAUUUGCAAAUAUUUCUGUUGCCACGACACGAUACAUAUGAUCUCUAAUAUGCCACGAUUGCUUGACAUUUAGUAUCUAGGUAACUCUUGUGUCUUUUAACGGUUGCGACAAAUGGUGGAGUUACAAAUAAAAUAAUUAUUUUUUAAAUCGUUGGUACACGUCCCAUGGUCGUGUGUACCAACGACUUUGACCUUUAAUAACUUUUGAAUGGGCAGACAUAGAGAUUUAAUUCGUUAAGAUGAAAUCAUCGUAAUUUUUAGCUUGAUUUUUUAAGAUCAAAAUCUCGAGGGUACUAUUUCGAAAAUUAAAUUUGAAAUCCCAGUGUGCAGCGUUUGUUUAGCCCGAGUCAGGGUCAGUGUCAGCUUCUAAACUUUAGUCAGACGACCUGCACCAACUACUAUUCGUAAUCGGCAAAAAUGUUCCCACAAUCCAGCAUGCAAAAUUUCAGCUCCUUGACCAAUUUUAAAACCAGUACGGGUCUCAGUCUUCUGGGCUGGGCCCACAAAAAUAUUCAUAUUCGAUGAAUAUGAACAUUAUUCAUAUUCUUUAGUCUGAUGUGCCCUUACCCAUGAUACCGAAUUUUAUUUUUAUUCUACCAAUAUAAAAAGCAGCGUGGGUCACCUUGUUAAAUCUCUGUGGAAAAAAUCUUAAUAUUUAGUUCAUAUUUUUCAAUCUGGUCUACCCCCACGGGGUCGUGCCAAAUUUCAGUCUUCUACGAGUGUCUAAUUUCAUCUUUUUAAUACAAUUUUUGAAAAUCGAUAUGGGUCACCCCCUUAAAGGUCCCUCCACAUAAAAAUGGUACCAAUUUCAAUUCAUAUUCUUUCAUCAGGGGCCAUUAGCAAUCUCUGCACUAAUUUCAGCUCGAUGGAUAAUUUUCAAAAAUCGGUAUGGUAUCGGGUCCCUCCAGUCGGAAAUUUUCCCAAUUUAAAUUCAUAUUCUUCAAUUAGACACCAUUAGCAAUCUCAAUGCCAGUUUACAGCUUUCAACGAGGAUUUUGAAAUACUCCACCCACCCAGAUGACCACCACAGGUCAACCACUUAAUUGAUUUCGCCCAUCUUCAAACUUAACUCCUCAUUUGUCACAUACUACAUGUAUACCAAAUUUAAAGUCGCUAGGCCGAGUUUAACGAAAGUUAUCGUAAAAUGAUCGGACGGACAUGACGGACAUGACGGUUACAAAAUUACAUUUCCAAAACUGUAACCAAUGGCAUAUUUUCAACAAUUUUUAGUUUUCUAAAAUUGAAAAUUUAUUUUGUAACUCGGCCAUUUGUCGUAACCUUAUAGAUUGAUAAAGUGUCAAAUAAUCUUGCUAAUAUGCAAUUGCAAAUUCAUCAGCCAGUCUUGAGAUUUGAGAAUUCUAAUUUUGGUAGUUCAGGAAAAACGAGUCUACUUCCACUCUGCGUUUCUUUCAACUAAUUUGUCAACUCGUUAGUAGUGUCAAUUUAUUUUUCUGAUUUCGAACAAAGUUUUCAAGUAACCCGUCCUAUACAUAUUUAGUCAUCAUUAAUCAUCAAUAGUGUGAUCAGUAGUAGUGGCGUAGUAGUGUUAUUGAAUGCAGAACGAGCGAGUCUCCAACAGGCAUAUUACGCACGAUAGAAACAAAUUAUAUGAUAGCAAGUGAAGAGAAUUUAUUGAUCAAACAUUUAUUGGAAUAUAAAUAUAAAUAAAUCCGAGUUGUUGUAGUAAGUCUA